AUGGAAGUCGAGCCAAAGACGCCAGAGCGUCUGCGGACCCACGCUCGCCAACGGGAUCGUGAAAGGCGCGUUGAAGAGAUGGGAAGCCCUGAGCAUAGCCAGAUACCGACAGUGAGGGAGACUGGCCCCAGCCUUGACUUGGAUAGAGGUAGAUUGCGACUAACGGAGGCAUUUGCCAAUUUGGGAACAGCAAGUCAAGAAGAUAACGGGUCUACUAACCAGGCUGGCAAGGGGAAGAUCGAUACCCGUCUUCUUUUUGCUGAUCACGCUGCUAUCAAGAUCAAGCCAGCGACCAACGAGAGAGCGAGGGAAAAGGAAGAAGACUGGACUAGACGGAUCAAAGCAUCACAAAUCGGAGAAUGGCAGCAAAAGAACGGGGUUCCGUGGAGAUCAUCCCGUGCACCGGCGGCAAGCGAGUCCAGCCAAUCAAACUCGGUGAAUACAACCCUGACGGCUAGUAAUACCCAGCAGUAUCAUUUGGUACGGGAGUACGGUUGGUGCUUCUACGAAUUCGAGAUUGGAAUGCACGAGGAUUCGGCAUUCAUUGAUUCAUCGUUUUUCGCCAUCGUCGACAAUGCACAAUCAAUUUUGGAACUUGCAGACACCGAAACCUUGCUCAUCCCGGAAGAGUGGCCAACGUCUCUGCUAAAAAUUCAGACACAACUACAAGAGCUAUGGCGAAAUGAUUAUAAGGAGCUCAUCAAGUACGAGAACAGGGCAAUGCGUACGAAAAAGUCGUCGUCAUCCUACGCUGCACCCGACUGCGCAGUCAGAAUGAAGACUGAAUCCUCUCAAAAGUAUGACAUGCUACAGCCUGUUGUGUUUCUCGGCGAGGCCAAGAUGAAGUUUCGCAUGCCUCAGGCGAAACCGGCAGGAGAGAAAGGUGUAUGCGCAUCUAUGCAUCGCAUAUCUGCCCAACUUGCGUGGUCUCUUCAACCUACCCUGAAGGUGUUCAUAGGCCACCUGAUAGGAUCGGCCCCUUUGAAGCCUGAUGGGGAAAUUGACUGGAAAGCGAUCAAGAUUCCCAAAUGGCUUUUUGUGUAUGGAAUUGGAUACGAUACCGAGGGGUUCCUGGUCUUUGCCUUCUUUCCCGUUCUUAAGAUCCAGGGAUCCGAUCCCGACCCUCACGGAAAGGUAUCCGCAACGCCGAGCUGGGGCUUUCAUUGUGUCCAGUUAGGCAGAGAAUUCGAAGAUUUAUUCACCAGGUACAACGUCGAACACAGGAUUCGUGCAUUCAAGGGAUUACUAGCAAUGCGUCAACACGCAUCCAACCUCACUUCCAGGCUGCGGAAAGGCAACGACAAACUUCACUUUCCUAAGGAAUUCAAGGCGAUUGCACUAGAGGCCAGAGAGGGGCAUCGAUCCUAA